AUGGAUUGGCAGCUCCUAAAAAAAACCCUCUCCAAAAACGUCACAGAGAUAGCAAACUCUGUCCUCACACCCGAAGAAAUCAAGAUCACAUCCUGUGAUGUCCCGGAGCUGCUCCAAGCCACCCGUAGCAAGGAGUAUUCUUGUGAGACUGUCACCAUAGCAUUUCUUCGGCGCGCGGCCUUGGCGCAGAAAUUAGAAGUACUGCUGGAAGCGGGAGCGGUGCCGUAUGCUCGAACCACGCAGCCACAGACCAUCAUGCAUCUGGAGACCAGCACGAAUAUCUAUGGUGUUACGACAAAUCCGUGGAAUACUGACCUUACGUGUGGAGGAAGCUCGGGUGGGGAGAGUGCGUUGAUUGCUUGUCGGGGGAGUAUUUUGGGCAUGGGUGGUGAUAUUAGAGGCUCAAUUCGCUGUCCUGCUGCUAAUACGGGGAUUUAUGGGUUUAAACCAACCCUCGGACGGAUCGAGAAGCUGGGCUCCCGAGCUGCGGUUUCGGGGCAGGAAGGGAUUAUUCCUACUCAAGGACCGAUGGCUUCCUCUCGCUCUGGAAUCAGCUUAUUCAUGGAAAUAUAUCUCAGCUAUGAGCCUUGGAUCAAAGACGACUACCUGGUCCCUAUCCCAUGGCGCCCCGUUACCCUCCUCCCGAGGCUGAAAAUCACAAUCAUGUGGUCAGACGACAUCGUCACUCCUCACCCGCCCGUAACGCGCGCCCUAAAAAAAAACUGGAAACCAGAGGGCCACGAUGAGUGCUGGGAGAUCACGCAAGCACUGUACUACGAAGACGGCGGCAAGCACGUCGAGAAACUGAUUGCUGAUGGAGGGGAAGAGAUGCUCUCUUUAACCAAGUGGCUUAUCAAAGAUAAUAAAAAUGAGAAGUAUCGGACUGUGGAGGAGAUUUGGGAUUUGAAAGGCAGACGAAACGCGUACCGCUUAAAGUACAACGAUCUCUGGCUCAGCACAGAAAAGAAAGACGACCACCCCGUCGAUGCAAUCCUCUGCCCUGCCGGCCCCGGUGCUGCACCACCUCACGGCAACGCAAAAUACUGGAAUUACACCAGCCGGUGGAACCUCCUCGAAUACCCUGGCGUCGUGUUCCCGGUUACGUUUGUAGAUCAGGAAUUGGGUCUUAAGGAUGAAAGUUAUGUGCCGAGGAAUAAGCAGGAUAGAUUUAAUUGGGAACUGUAUGAGAAGGAGAGGUAUGUGGAAGCGCCAGUUGGACUGCAGAUCGUUACAAGGAGGUUUGAGGACGAGAAGUGUUUGGCUGUUUUGGAGGUUGUGGAGAGGGCUAUGGGACGUCAGUGA